CGAAGGAAAAAUUCGAAAAGUCCGUUACACCGAAAAAAGAAAUUCGGACCGUGCCUUCGAGCUCUCAAAUUUCGGGAAAAACUGUCAACGAAAGGACGAAAGUUCGCCGCAAUCGUCGAUCGAAAGCAGCGCUACCGUUCUCGCUUCAAUUGCCGAUUCGACGCCCCAGAAAUCUACCGAAACAGCUGGAAAAAUUUCCGUCCCGGAAAGCGUCGAUGAAGCACCCCGAAAAAGUGACGAUGGUAAGAAAACCAAGAUUAGUGACAUCGCCGAUAACGCCAACACGCCGAUGGAAUCUACGCCACCACCCGGACAACAGCAAAACGAACAAUUUUCUCUGAUGGAAGGUAUCAGAAGUGUGAAAAAAAUGAAAGACAUUGAGGAAAAUACUUCGUCGAUGGAGUUGACACCGCCAAUAAACACGACAAUUCACCAACGAAAUGAAUCCGAACGGUUCCCAAACACCCGAGCGAGUGUGGCCGUCCCCAGAGAAGCUGCCUCGAUUUUGAGGGCGUUGCCAAAUUUCGCCGAGCCAGCUUUCGUUCUCGCCACGCACUUGGUGCCAUCGCUGCCGAUUCCUCUCUUCGAAAUUCUCGCUGAAAUUCUCGAAACCAUAACCGGUCGGCCGGUCGUUCUUCUCCACGAAUCUCGCCCCGAGAGGCCCGUGGCUCAAAACAUCGUCGACAUGGCGGUUCUGCCGGUUGGCGGCGGCUGGGACGAAGGCUCUCUGCUCCCGGUGAGUUUCGUUUUCGAGCAUCGUUUGAAAACUACUAGGAAUCCUGACGUCUACGUCGACGUCGUGGUGGCCAAGGACUGCGUCCGAAAUAUCGAGGGAAUCUUGGAUUUGCGGGGCUACAGAUGCUCCUUGCCGGAUCGGAGCAAGGGCCUGGGUGCGACGGCCCUAUUAUUUCGGCACUUGAACAGCAAAGGCGAAAAUCCUUCUUUCUUCGGCGACACUUCCGAUUCCGGCUCACAAUUGUCGACGCUCCAAAUGGUGGCUGGAAAACAAACGGAAAUCGGAGUACUGGAGUCGCCGGUUUUUCUCUGCCACAAAAACACCUUGCACGGCAUCGAUUCGGUUUGCGUUUUGGAGAGCCUCGGACCUCUGCCGCCGUAUCGUAUAAUGCUCAAUAAAAAGACACUCGCCCCGAUUCGUGAUAAAAUCAUCAAGGGUUUGCUGAGCGUCGCCUGUGACGAUCUUUGGAUGGGGAAACUCGGUAAAUUCGGUGUCUCAGGCUUUGCCGAGUACAACGUUGAACGUUACGACCUCGAGGAUCUCAAGUGUGUCGUGAAGAGUGUGCCUUACUACUGAAAAACUUGGCCGAGUUGCGAGAUCAGAAUUUUCAUUCGCUAUUACAUUCCACACCUUUUAUCAAUCGAAUUUCAAUAAAUUUUUCAACAAUUA